UCCAACUGAACCAGGAUUCAUUUUCCCAACUGGAUUUUACCGCCGAUUCUACCGGGAACGAUACAGCGCCUAUAAAUACAUUGGGGAAAGGUCCGCCUGCGCCGCCUGCUCCUCUGUCACCUUCCCGAAUGGCAUAUUUAGUCAAUAAUCCAAACGUUACGGUGCGCAAGAAAAUCCCACUGAACGAGGAAGUCACGACUGAGCCUGAGCCUGAACCUGUGGCUGUGGCUGUGGCUAAUCUGGACGAAACGACCGACCUCUGUGCGGCCAGGGUAGCCGAGCUUGAGAGCCAAGUACAAAUUCUUGGAUUAGAUUCGGAUCCACAUAGGGAGGCUGAGUCUGCUCUUCUGUCAGCUUCCCGGCUGGAAGCAUUACGGAAUGCUCCGUUAAUUACGAUGCGCGAGGAGAUCCAACUGAACCAGGAUUCAUUUUCCCAACUGGAUUUUACCGCCGAUUCUACCGGGAACGAUACAGCGCCUAUAAAUACAUUGGGGAAAGGUCCGCCUGCGCCGCCUGCUCCUCUGUCACCUUCCCGAAUGGCAUAUUUAGUCAAUAAUCCAAACGUUACGGUGCGCAAGAAAAUCCCACUGAACGGGAAGUCACGCUGA